CUUUACACUGUCGCUUUACUUUUCAAAAAAUUUGUAUAUCAGGAACUCCUUUGUAUAGGCAGUUCUGGAAUAACAAUACGCACGCUGCAAUACGCAUUCAUUUCAGCCGCUCGAGAAUCUCUUGGUUCUCGCGUGAUGGAAGUGAUCGAGUCGCUUUUUUGCUAAGGAAUGAGGAGAGCACUUCGUAUAUAUAAUUGCUUAAAUAUGUCAAAAACUGCCAACCAACCCGAGUUCUUGGCCCGCUCAUCAUGGCGGAAUCCGAAUCCGAACCCCAAUCCUAACCCGCGAGGCGCGUUGAAUCCGCAGGCGCGGCCCUUUAAUUCGAAGCCCCAGCACACGUCGUGGGGUAACAGACAGUCGAAUUUUGGUGGCGGUCCAUCAAAUAGACAGUUUCAUAACGGACGAUUUAGACCCCAGGAAGGGGGCAAACGGAAAUGGGAGGGUAAUACUAGGCCGCCGCCUUCGCAACGAAGGCGGUUCGACAAAGAGAAUCGGCAAGACCUCAAGGAUGAAGCAUAUGUUCGACGCACUUUCAAGCUACCAUCGCCUUCAGAUUACAAAGGAGCACCUGAAAGUCUCUUCACUGAUCCAAGGGAGGCGUUUCGAAAAUCGACAAAGAAGGUGCUCAGGAUGAGGCUCUCCUUCUCACGAUCGUACGGGGCGAUGCGCUGCAACAUACAUUGCGGCUUUCUCAGAGCCCGCGGGGAGAUGAAUGCUGUCGGCGAGGGAGCGAACAAGACAAUUGCGGAGAAAGCGGCAUAUCUCCAUCUACUAGCACAGCUUCACGAAGCUGGUAUCCUGAAGGAGAUUUUCGAGUUUGCCGAUAUUAACCAUCAUAACCCAAUCUACAAAGAAGACGACAGCGCGAUAGAGGAUGUUGUCAAUUAUGCUGCUCGGUUUGAUGCCAUUCCAAGCAUUACUUACAGCCAUGUUAAUACGCCCUUCGAUCCGAGAAGCCCUUGGUGCGUUGAGUAUUCAAUUGAGCUUCCCGAGCACAAGAUCCAUGUCCGAGGCCGACAUCAGUCCUACAAGAUGGCGCAAGUUGGAGCCGCUGUUCGUUUCAAGCAGGAAGCGGAAAAAUUUCAAUCCGAACUUGGUACAGAGUCACUUGCGCUUAAUGACUCCCAGUCACUCACCGUCCAAAAUGCGAAAACCUUCCUCGAGUACUAUAGAAUAGUCUACACGGGCACCAAAAUUGACAAUGACGCCAAAGAUAUUCCAAAGAAUGAGACUGGUGUGAGUGUGCCGCUCACAAGGUGGCAAUGCCUUAUGAAUGGACAGCCUUUUGGGGAUCCUUUCGACACGUACGGCAAGAAGAACAAAGGUCAAGACAUAUCGGCGCUCUUUACCGCUGUUGCGCUCAAGAAGAAGGAUCCGGAGCUCUAUCCCAAGUUCCUCGAGGCCCUCAAGGAGGGGAAUGGAGCAAUUGUAAGACCGAUGCCGCCAGUCGACUUUGUAGUCGAACAGGAUUGCUUGAUUUCGAUGCGAGAGACUCUGUAUGAGGUCAGGAAAGCUGGUCUACCUGACGAACGGGAGGAAGCUAUGCGAUAUGAAGGAAGGGAGUAUGAGGACAGAUACACUCGGAAAGCCUUGUCUCCAAAUGAAGCCAAACGCAAGAGCGAGAAGCUGAAAAAGCGCCGAGAACGAUACUUGAAGGAUCCUGAGCUGGAAAGUUUGAGGUCUAAGCGAGAGGGCCUUCCAAUGAACCAGUAUCACGCAAAGGUUUUGGAUAUGGUGAAUCAAAAUGUCUACAGCAUCGUAGUAGGCGCCACUGGAAGUGGAAAAACGACUCAGACCCCUCAAAUUGUGCUCGAUGAUGCCAUUUCUCGAGGCGAGGGUGCUCAAUGCAAUAUUAUUUGCACUCAACCGCGAAGAAUUGCGGCAACUUCAGUGGCCCGUCGAGUUGCUGAAGAACGAAAUGAGUCGUUAGGGAAAUCGGUCGGAUACCAGGUCCGGUUUGACCGCUCAACGCCUGAACAAGGAGGAAGCAUUACCUACUGCACAACAGGUAUACUUCUUCAACAGCUGCAAAACAAUCCAGAUUCGGUAUUUGAUCAUGUUUCCCACCUUUUCGUGGAUGAAGUUCACGAGCGGGAUAUCCUCAUUGAUUUCUUGAUGAUCCUUCUCAAGGGCAGAGUCAAGGACCGCGUGCGUCUUGGAAAGCCUGUGCCCAGGGUUGUCCUUAUGAGUGCCACUUUGGACACGGAACUCUUUGCUGGCUACUUUAAACAACUGGGUCAGGACGGUCAACUGGUGGAAUGCCCGACGUUGAGUGUCCCCGGCCGAACGUUCCCCGUCAGUUACCACUACCUAGACGAAGUUCUGGGGCGGUUGCAACAAAAUGGUGGCCGAGAGAUCCAACGUCUCUUGGAAAGAGAUCCUCAAACCAGAGAACAUCUGGCGUAUGAAGAAAGCUUUAAGAAGAGCCCUCUCAACAACGCGGCAAACCAGGAUCAAUCGAUGGACGACGACGAGCCUGCUGCAAUUGACUGGAAGCGGAAAUAUAAUGCCGAAGGUGAAGUUGUCUCUGAGAAAGAGGACGCGUUAGUGCCCUCUGGCUUGGUGGCGGCCACUAUUGGACUCAUUGCUCGCGACACUAACGAAGGAGCAAUUCUGGUCUUCCUCCCUGGUCUUGAAGAGAUUCUCAAAGUGGAAAACCUUUUGCGAAAAGAGCGUCCACUUGGCAUCAACGUUGACGAUAGCUCAAAGUAUCGUGUGUCUUUGCUACAUUCGUCUCUACCCUCGGGGCAAACGGAUGUCUUUAGCGAGGUGCCGGAGGGUUGCCGCAAGAUUAUCCUGGCCACGAACAUCGCCGAGACUUCCAUCACUAUUCCGGAUGUGCAGUACGUGAUCGACAGCGGCAAGCUUCGAGAGAAGCGGUAUGACCAACUUCGCCGCAUCACUCGCUUGCAGUGCUGCUGGGUGAGCAAGUCAAAUUCUCGCCAGCGGGCCGGACGUGCUGGACGAGUCCGGGAUGGAAACUACUAUGCUCUGUUCACCAAAGAAAGAUACGAGUCCUUGCGAUCGAUUGGUCUGCCUGAGAUGCUUCGGUCCGAUUUGCAGGAAGUCUGUCUGGAUGUCAAAGCUCACUCUUUGGAUACGAACAUCGAUCAAUUCCUCUCAGAAGCCAUUGAACCACCGGCACCAGAGGCCGUUGCGGCCUCUGUACGGAAUCUGCGGGCUUUGGAAGCGCUGACCGAUGAUGAGAUGUUGACUCCACUUGGACGUUUGUUGGCUUCGCUACCUGUUCAUCCCAACCUUGGCAAGAUGAUGGUUCUGGCUGUGGUGUUCCGCUGUCUCGACCCCAUGCUGGUCCUCGGAGCUCUGGCAUCAGAUCGUGGCAUAUUCGUCUCUCCGCUUGGUAAGAAAGAGGAGGCAGCUGAAGCCCGUCGUUCUUUUGCUGAAGGCACUGGAAGCGACCAUAUCGGCAUGAUCAAUGCCUUCCGGGAACUACGUUGGUACCGUGACAACCGCACAAACCAGGAGGCCUUCAAAUACGCCGAGAAGAACUUUAUCCAUUAUGGAGCUUUCCGAUCGGUCGAGAAUACAGUGAACCAGAUUGAAGAUGUCCUUGUCCAGUCUGGUUUGAUUCCCAAGGUACCAGCGAAACAGCGUACCAAUUCCGAAGUGGGAACUCCUUCACUGAAUCAGAAUUCUGCAAAUGUGCCACUCCUAAAAGCCAUUGCACUUGCCGGCAUGGGCAACAAUAUCGGUAUAACCGGUGGUCGUGGCACAAAGAGCUGGCGUACGGAGAGUGAAAAGACAUGCUUUGUGCACCCCUCUUCAAUCAACCAUGUCCCCUUUUCACAGAUGAAGAAGGCCGGUGGUGGCAACCAGGAAACCUCACUCAUGACUUAUUCUACCUUGUCCAAAUCAACAGACGCCAAGACCACCUUCCUCAGAGAUACCACGCUCAUCACCCCGCUUGCUGCCGCCCUCUUUGGUGGCCGGCUCACGCACGCACCGCCGCGCAAGAUCCAAGUAGGCAGCUGGCUGCCUUUUUGGGUCAAGACUACCACCUGGUCCAGCGACGGCAGAGAAGCCAAGACCAUUUUUGAGUUCAGAAAAGCCCUUGAUAGACUUCUCGCUGGCGCAUUCGCCGAUAUCGAGAACCACAAACUCGACCAGACCAAAUUCCUCCACGAGAACCAGCUCUGCGAGCUCUUCGCCCAAGGCCUCGUCGAUGUCCUCGACAAGGACAUUCCCACCGGCAAAUACAUUGAGCGCAAAUGGCGCAAGUCCGCUACUGAUGCCAUGUCCCGCCUUGACUUGCAUUAGUCCCCUACCUACCUACCUACCUACCUACCUACCUACCUACCUACCUACCUACCUACCUACCUACCUACCUAUCUAGUACAUUUCUCCCGAUUUCAUAAUCUGGCGGCUAUAGUUUGAGCUUGACUCGCGUCUCCUUCUCGUUUGACACCAAAAAUGUUGUUAUCGGUUUCUAAAUUUGGGCAUGUGCGGAAGCUUUAUAUACAACGUCUUUGCUGGGUUUUAUUAGAAAAAAGAAGAAGAGGAAGAUCACGCUUGGUUGCCGUCAAUGUAUAUUAUAGAGUCCCUAGAGUCCGUUGUGAUAUACUUUUAUAUCUCAUCUCGCUUUUUAGAUUCUGUACAAAUAGAACAAUUACUUUUCCCCUUUUCCUUUUCUCUCUUUCCCAUUCUUUUAAUGUCUCUUUUUUUCUUUCUUUCUUUUCCGUUUUGUCUCCCUUC